CGAGUCUCUUUUUCAAGAUCGGUUUCCUUUUAGAUAGAAAUCCUGGUUUCCCAUUCUUUUUCCAUCCUCCCCUCGUAGCCUUAAGCUCUUAUUAUAACUUUUCCUCGAGUAUUAUUGCUUCCCAGUAGCUGUACUCGUAGGGGUGGAAGGCAAUUCCUUCCGAUUUUCUUAUACAGUACUUAGGUAGAUCAUUCAUUAUUAUUAUACCCCGUCGGAGUAACUAUUGUAUGAAUUAUACAGCUUUUGUGUAACACACCACGACAUGGCUUCGGAGCAGCAGCACCAUUACCCCGGUGGUGGUCACUAUUCUGGCCUCAACCGAAUCCCCAACAUUAAAGAAUUCGUCGCCAGCCUCGACAGGGAGAAGAAGGAGCGAGACGCCAAAAUCGACUCUGAGCUCAAAGCGAAUAAGAAGAAUGGAGAUAUUACAGAGCACAGAAAUGAACUUGAGAAGUAUAAGGGUAAAGGAAGAAUAGUGACGGAUCCCGUCACGGGAAACCAGAUUACUAUUGACGAUGUCAAUACUGAUUUUAUGAAGGCUGCGGAGGAGCCUCAUCUCUCCGUACCAAACGCAAAUCUAGGGAAAGACGCGACGGUCAAGACAGAAGCCACUCAAUCGGGUGAAGAAUACAGAAAUGCGCAAGAUAUAACAGCACCGCCAGAUCCAAUAGCUACAGGGGCUACAUCGGACGUACCGAUUCAUGGCGAGAAGACCAAUAUUCUCUUCCACCCCACGCCAUCAGUAAGCUAUGAGCCAAUGUACGUCAUCAUCGAACAGCGGGCGACGGUAUUAUGCGCUUUCGUAUUCUUCGCCAUCAUUUUCAUGGGCAAGUUUUUUGGUGGCAGAUUGUUGGGCUUGAUUCCACUCUCGAUCGUCGUCUCAUCUGGAGUCUUCCUAUGGAUGAAGGACCUAGUUCGACGAGGCCGAGAUAUUGAGUGGUCAAGUGAGAAAAAACGUGGUGAAACCGCUGUCGCCAACCUGAUUCCUGAAUCUGUGGAGUGGAUGAACACGUUGCUCGGCAUAGUAUGGGGUCUCAUUAAUCCUGACAUGUUCGCCGCCGUAGCUGAUACCCUCGAAGACGUCAUGCAAGCAUCGGUCCCUGGAGUCAUCGAAAACGUCAAAGUCGCCGAUAUCAACCAAGGCAACAACCCGAUCCGAAUCCUAAGUCUACGCGCUCUUCCCGAUAGCCACAUGAAGGAGCUUAAGGAUGAGAUGCACAAGGAGAACCAGAAAAUCAAGGAUCCGGAAGAACUCGCUGCGGAUGAGGAGGGUGGUGAUUAUUAUAACUUGGAGGCGUCUUUUGCUUAUCAUGCGAAGCCCUCGGCGGAGUCUGUUUCGGCGAAGGCUCAGAAUAUGGGCAUGCAGUUGGUUUUCUACCUUGGUAUCAAGGGUUUAUUCGGAAUUCCGUUACCUAUUUGGGUCGAAUUAAUCGGCCUAGUAGGAACCGUCCGUCUACGCCUGCAAAUGACACCCGAACCCCCGUUUCUCAAAGCUGUCACCAUAACCCUCAUGGGCGUGCCCAAAGUCGAAGCAGGCUGCACACCUAUGAUCGAGCGCGGUGUCAAUAUCCUCAACCUCCCUGUGAUUUCCAACUUCGUCAACUGGGCCAUCAAAGCUGCGGCUAGUAUGUACGUCGCGCCGAAAUCGCUCACCCUCGACCUCGCGAAGAUGUUAUCUGGUGACGAUAUUCAGAAGGAGACGCAAGCUUUGGGUAUCUUGUUUAUUCGCAUUCAUAAAGCUGUCGGGUUAUCUAAGCAAGAUAGACGGGGUUCAGAGGGAGGAGGAUCGGAUCCGUAUAUCACGGUUAGCUUCUCGAAGUUCGGCAAGCCGAUGUAUUGCACACGGGUCAUUCAGGAUGAUCUAAACCCUGUGUUUGAGGAGAGCUGUGCGCUGUCUGUUACGCCGGAUCUGAUAAAAGCAGAUGAGCAGCUGUCGAUGGAACUCUGGGACAGCGAUCGCUCGAGUGCGGAUGAUGUUGUUGGGAAGGUCGAAUUGUCGCUGCAGAAAUUAAUUCAGCACCCGGGCAAGAUGUACCAGCAAGUUUCGAAACUGCGCGGUGUUAAGGCUGAUAGCAGUAUGCCGGGCGAAUUGCACUGGGAAGUUGGAUAUUUCGGCAAGACACAGUUCCGUGCUGCGCUAAGGACUGAUGGGAAGGAUCUUGGCUUGCCGAAGGAGAUCCGACAUAAUAAGGAGUUGCAGGAUGAUAAGGGCGCGAUUCAGAAUGACCAGGAAGAUGCUGUGGUACAUACGCCUCCUGACCCGCUAUGGCCUUCUGGUAUUCUGAGUGUGGUUGUGCACCAGAUCGUUAACCUGGAGUUGGCCAAUGUAAAGGGCUCCGAAGGUGGUAAAAGGAAGGGUGGGAAGGAGUAUGAACCCGCUCGUGAUGCUGGUGAGAUUAAGGAGGAGUCGAGCAAGAGGUUGCCAAGUGCUUAUUGCACUAUGCUGCUUAAUGAUGAGUUGGUCUACAAAACCCGAACUAAGGUCGUUUCCUCCAAGCCCAUCUUCAACGCUGGUACCGAACGAUUUGUCCGAGACUGGAAGUCCGCCAUUGUCACUGUUACGGUUCGCGACUCGAGGAACAGACAGCAUGAUCCGAUCAUUGGUGUCGUCCCCCUGAAGAUUUCCGACCUCAUGCAAACAAGCAGCCAAGUCACGCGAUGGUACCCCUUAGACGGUGGCAUUGGCUUCGGUCGUGUCCGCAUCUCCCUACUAUUCCGAUCCGUCGAGCUCAAGCUCCCUCCAUCACAGCUCGGUUGGGACGUCGGCACAUUCGAAUUCACAUCAGACAAGAUUACCUCCACCUUCACCGGCUCCGGUAAAGGCAAGGUUAAACUACGUCUACGAACAGGCGGUAGCUCUGCAACAGUAAAACGCGAGCAAUGCGCCGCCGUAGACGACACCCUAGAAUGGAGUAUCAACGGCAUAACCAACAACCCCCGCCCUCGUCUACCCGUCCGAUACCGCUACCGCUCCCCUGUAUUCUUCGAAUUUCACCUCCCGGGCAAGCGACACGUGGAGUACUUCGCCGCCGUCUGGCUGCAAGAACUGGUCGAUGGGGAAGAUUCCGAUUUCGACAUCCCAGUGUGGAAAUGCGAUAAUGCAACCCGACUUUCGCAGAAUUUUAUUACGCCCACUAAUUUCAACACGGUACCUGAUUUACGUAUCGAAGAAGUUGGUAGGUUGAAGUUUAGAGGCCGGUUCAAGGCUGGCACGGAUAGGGAUCACUUGCGUUUUGUUAGUGAUAACGACUCCCGCGAGACAAUUGAGACUUGGGAAGCAUGUUAUGCGGAAGGUGUGAGGCGUGAGGAUGUUAGUCGCGAAGUCCCGCCUGCAAUUCAGAAAUUACAUGAUGAUUCCCUCACGCACGCUCGUGAUGUCCUAGCCAACGCUCCUGAAGAGGAGAGGAGGAAGUGGCUUUCCAAAGAUGGAACGGAUUGGACUGGUGCUUUCGGUCAGGACCCCGCGGAUUUAAUGACGGGCCGUGAGGGUAGAGAGGAGACGGAAUAUGAAUCUGAUGAAGAUUCUGAGGAUGGACCCUCGAAUGGCAAGGAUGAUCUCGGGAUCCAGGAUGGUACCAACUCUUCUCCUGUGCGUGAGAGUUCUGAUGGACGGCCUAGCACUGCGACUAGCAGCGGUGCGAAUGGAAGUGCUUUAACACAAGCUACUACUACGACCACGACCGCGACUACGGACUCGGGGCGGAGUAAGAGUAGUAAGAACCCAAUUAAGCAGUACAAAGACUAUCGAGAGAAGAGCCGGGACUUACACCGCCAACACCGCGGAUUAAUGCAAUGGCGACCGUUGCGCAACGCGCAGUUUGCUAAGGACGAAGCUAAGUAUGCCAUUCGUCGGGUCACGCAUAUGGGAGCGCUUAGUGGGCGACAGCCGGAUGUUGAGACGGAGGUGUAAAUUAUUUCUUUUGUUUAACUUGGAUGAAGGGAGGAAAUGAGGGAAAAGGGUAUGAAAAGAUACCCAACAGACAUGGAACUAUGGUAUAAUAUUGUAUACUUAUUUAUUUUUACUUUAGUAUAGAGUGAGCUACGAAAUCAAAGUACAUCAACUCAUUUUGCA